CGAGAGCGCGUAAAGCCGGGGUCGGUCAGACGGCUUGGCUCGCUCGCUGGCUCCGGCUGGGCGCACGUGCUCCGGCUUGGCUGCGAUUAGCCGCUGGAGGACCCCGCUGCCAGCCGAGGCGAGGGGAUCCUAAGCAGCUGCGCCUUAUCCUACGGGUGGGUUUUUUUUUUUUUCAUAGGGUUUCCCACCCACCUCCACCCUCCCGUCCUAGCUUCGCUGCGCUUCCUUCUGUCGGAGCUGCCCUGCGAUCAUGGCUGGGCGCAUCCUGUGGGGCUUCUGGAUCUCGGCGGCCCUAGUGUACUGCGCGGGCGGCACCCGAGCGCUGGAGCUGGGCAACUCUUCGCCGCGCCUGGCCGGCAUCACCGCGCGGAGCCUGGCUGCCUCCUCCUGGACCAGCGCGGUUCCCGUGGCAGCCGAGGCGGAGGAAAACUUCGGGGGUUCCAACGCCUCCACCCCGGGAUCGCCUGGCGGGGCUCCCCCUGUUUACCCGAUGUGCCACAGCCAGACGGAGAUCAAGAAUACUUUCAAAUACAUCAACACGGUGAUCGGUUGCCUGGUCUUUGUGCUGGGCAUCAUCGGCAACUCCACCUUGCUCCGGAUCAUCUACAAGAACAAAUGCAUGAGGAACGGCCCCAACAUCCUCAUCGCCAGCCUGGCUCUGGGGGACCUGCUCCUCAUCCUCAUCGACAUUCCCAUCAAUUUGUAUAAGCUUCACGCAGCAAAAUGGCCUUUUGGAGUUGAAUUGUGUAAAUUAUUCCCCUUCUUUCAAAAGACGUCUGUCGGCAUCAUAGUGUUAAGUUUAUGUGCUCUCAGUAUUGAUAGAUAUCGAGCUGUUGCUUCAUGGAGCCGUAUCAAAGGAAUUGGCGUACCAAAAUGGACAGCAAUUGAAAUUGUUUUGAUCUGGGUUGUGUCCUUUGUUGUAGCUAUUCCUGAAGCUAUAGGCUUUGAUGUUGUUACUACAUCAUACAGAGGGCAGAGGCUGUCUACUUGUUUACUUAAUCCCCACCAAGAAUCAUCUUUUAUGAAGUUUUACCAGGUAGCUAAAGACUGGUGGAUUUUUAGCUUUUAUUUCUGUUUGCCACUGUUAAUCACUGCUCUUUUCUACACUCUGAUGACCUGUGAGAUGUUAAGGAAGAAGAGUGGGAUGCAGAUAGCAUUAAAUGACCACCUGAAACAGAGACGUGAAGUAGCCAAAACAGUAUUCUGUUUAGUGGUUGUUUUCGCAUUGUGCUGGCUGCCUCUUAAUCUUAGUAGCAUAUUGAAGUUUGCGCUCUAUGAUCCCCGCAGCCCAGACAGGUGUGAUCUUUUCAGGUUUUUGCUGGUGAUGAACUACAUUGGAAUCAAUAUGGCAUCUUUGAAUUCCUGCAUCAACCCAAUUGCUCUCUAUUUGGUGAGCAAAAGAUUCAAAAACUGCUUUAAGUCGUGCCUUUGUUGCUGGUGUCAUUCCAAAGACAUGCUAUCCCUGGAGGAGAAACAGUCCUGCUUAAAGUUCAAAGCAAAUGACCACGGAUAUGACAAUUUCCGCUCCAGUAACAAGUACAGCUCAUCUUAAGCAAGAGAGCUUGGACUCGGCUAUUGCGGGAUAUUGCCAGGCUGUAAAGACGAGGACAGUUAAGCUGAAGACAACAGAUUCUGCAUAGUAGAGGAAAUUGAGCUAUCUGGGAAGGAAGUUUGAGAUUUUCACAGAAAUCUAAAUAUUUACUGACAUCUUAACCAUGCCCAGUGUUCCUAAUCAUUUGAGUCAAUGUUGCUGGGGGGGUUGGGGAGGAACUGCAGUUGUUUAAGCACUUAAAUACUUCCAAACAGUAAUUGCCAAAUCAUUCUUGAAUCUUUACAUGAAAUAAUUGUAUUCAUCAAGGAUCCCAAUUAAUAAUUCUUAAUAUAGAAUUGUAUGUUGAUUAUGUUUCGGGCAAUACCACCUAUCUCUAUUAUUUUUUAAAAGAAGUUUUACUUUCCUGUAAACUUCAUAGGUAAGCACGGUAUGUAAGUGUAAAAUUUUAUUCCACCUGAAAUCUGCAAUUUGUAGCACGGUGCAUCCAGGACAUGGAUCAUGCUGGUAUAAAACAGAAUCAGUAAGAAUUUUUCCCAUACUAAUGAAGGAACUUAAAGAGUCACAAUUAGUCUUAAAACAAUUUAUUAUUACUUUUUAAAGUAAAAUUUUCAUCUGGAGUGAUAAAUGAACUUUUUAAAGGCUGGAAAAAUGGCCAUCAGCCAUUAAUAUUUGGGUCAUCUCCAGCUCUACUUAAGGUUUUAGGGAUAAUCUUGCACUGCUUGUGAUCCCCAAUGGUGUACUUAGUCCUUCUGGAAGUAAUCAGAGACCCAGGAGUGGCUUCUAGGCCCUACUUUAAACAAGCAGUACCCUUUGGCAUGGUGUGUCACAAGCUGUGGCGGACCAAGCAAUGAAAAAAAACAGGCAGCAUUAGUAUGGCAUGAGUGCAACACAUGAUACCAGCUUUAGAAUUAAUAUAGUGUAAAUAUCAGGCUUUUAUUUUAUUCUUUCUGGGGAAAAGUAUUUCUAAAUCUUAUAGCAAAUGUGUGUUCUGUCCCCGUCUCACACACGCACACAAACAGACAGCCGGGGGUUAAAUAAACUGGCAGACAACCAAUUCUUUCGAUAAGAGGAUUGGCAGCAACCCAGUAGCUGCUUGCCAAGUACUUUACUCAUAAACAAGAUAUACACAGUUCAAGAAUUGUCAAGUCCAGUCCGUAAUUCAAUCCAAGGCAGAUUAUGUUGUUUCCAAAGAUGCAAUGUGACUCGAUAGUAGUUAGUUUUGUCCGUCACAGAGUCUGAAUGGCCACCUCACCCCUUAUAUCCCCUGUGGGGUGUGGUCCAGUGACUCAGCUUAAUCUCUGGCACGCCUCCUUUUCUGUUGCAUGCACUUGUCUCUCCGACGCUGCCGUGGAUCCAGCCAAGACUUAUCUCCUUCACUGUCCAACUCUGAGGAGAUAUCUGGCUCCUGGCCAAUCUCUUCUCCUACGGGAGACACCUGAGGCAUUGCCAGAGAGGAAGGUCCUGGAGAGGGAGGCCUGGCCAACUCCUCUCCUUCAUGUUCGGAGCCUUCUCCCUCCGAUAAGUCGGCCUCGGGGGUCGGAGCCACAACAAUGUGUGCAUAAAGUUCCAGAAGCAGGAAAGGCAAUAGAAUAAGUUUUCAGUCCCCUGCCAACUUACUUUGCCCUUUCCCAAUGUUGGUCAAACUGACGGAACUAUGCAAAAUAAUAACCAGUGACGUAAAAUUAAAACAAUUGUGCAAAUUUGCUUAAUUUAUGCAAAAUACAGAUUUUUUUCUCUUAUCACACUUAAACAGCCAGCACAUAGAAUUUCAUUCUCUCUCCCCCCUUUUUUUAACCAGGUAGCGCUACCGAGAUUUCAAAUCUUUGUUCCCUCGACAAAGAGAAAUACAUAGCUCUUUCUGUAGAUUUUUAACGAUGCAUUGCUGUUGCUACGGCAGACCAAGUGCAUCUGUCACAGGAAUUAACUACCAUCAGUAUUAGUCUGAGUCAUGUGUAGAAACAUGGACAGACCUGCAUUCAAAAGGAAAGCAGGAAUUCCCCCCUAUUAUUUCUUCCUCUUCUUCCUGUAAAUCUGCCUUGAAAAGGCAAUAAGAAAUUCCCUAGUUCUUUGGAUCCUCCUGAUCUUUUAAACUGGCUAUAGAUCUGGUAGUAGAUCUCCAGUAGCGGUAUUCACUUACCUUCGCUACCGGUUCGCAAAUGUGAGCGUGUGUGCCACUUCUGCGCAUGCACAGAGUGUCUGUGAUGACAUCCGGGUGGGUGGGCGGAGCCUCCCGCCGCUGCCGCUACCGGUUUGCCCGAACCGGGUAGAACCGGUUCAAUACCACCAGUGUAUAUCCCUCACUUUUCCUUAUGGGACAUUUAAUUGCAUCUGUGUAAAUAUUCCAUUAAGCCAUAAUGAAAGCUAUAAUAAUAAACAGUAAAAUCUGGGCUGGUCCCAAUAUUGAUACCAUUCAUUAGUCAGAGAGAUAAAUACAGUGGUGUUCUGCUCCACAAAUAGUGAAGUUUUUGUGUUAAUACUGCUAGUUAACCCAGACAUAAGCUUAGUAUCAGUAUUAAAUAAUAUUGUUUUAAGUUAUCAAAGAGGCUGUAUAAUAACCACUCCAACCUGUUGUCCUGCAAUCCAGAAAAUCUAGAAGAAAACAGAUUAUUGAAGGCUUCCCUAAAAGGUUAACAUUGUGGCAGGAUCCACUAUCAUUAAUGAACCUGGUAGAGUGAGGUAUCACUCGGAGGAUUAUAUUUGGAGUCUCCUUGAGGAUAGCCAAUUCUUUCUUUCAUGAAGAAACAAAAAGAUUAUGACUUUCUAUUCAGACACAAAAUGUCUUGGACCAGUCUCAUGCUUUGCAUGGAAAAGUGAAAAUAGGACAAUUAAUUUUUUGUUUUUUAAAUGCAUUUGCUCAUACCUCAGUUUUUCAGAUUAGAUACCUGCGUUGUAGGAUUUACUUCUAAAUAAACAAACAUAGAUUUGCAUUGUGAGGGAAAGUUCACCUGGAGUUUCUCCAUAUACCAGAAGAUACUCCUAAAGCUGAUCUUUUCCUGCCAGGGAUUACAUUGUUAUAGUAUCAGCCACUUCACUUGGACCCCAUUUCAAAGUGACAAAACAUGACAAGUUUAUUGUCUUCUGGUUACAGAUUACUAUUAUUUUCAAAAGUUCUGUUUUACAUAUUAAUUCACGGGUGCACAACCUUGGCCCUCUAGCUGUUUUAGUCUAUUAAGUCCUUGAUCCAAGCCUUAACUAAUCAAGUUAUCUAAUAAGUGAUUAUAUAGUAAGAGUUUUAGUUUGGAUCAAAACUGUUACAUGAAAUGGUAAAGCUAAAAAUAAGUGGGAGAAAUUCUUAGAUGUCAUUUAGGCAACAUGAAGUCAUGUUCUCAAACUUUGAGAUGGAAGUAUUUAUACAGGGAGUAAAGUUGAUGUUGAUCCUGUACUUACACUGACAAUUGUUCAGUACUUUUAAUUUCCAUUAAUCUGUUCAGUAUUACUGCUAUUGGUUAUAGCAUUACAGUACCGUACACAUAUCAUUGUAAUUCUUUUUAUAAGAUAGAUUGUAUUAUUGAGCUGUAUUUUUACAUUGUAUUGCUGUAUUUUUACAAUGCACUAUGUUAUGGUUCAAAUCUGUUAAAAAAUUAUUGUGUAGAAAACAAUUUUUGUAGCUUGUAACUUGUGAUUAUCCAGUGCAGAGGUUUUACACGUUUCCUUUUAUGUAAGAAUUUGGCUAAAUAUGAAAUAGAAUUUAGUUAGGUUUAUAUAGCAGAACCAGAGGAUUUGUGCUCCCUAAUUUUAGCCACUUGUUCAUACUAAAUAUAUAUGUAUAUACUUCAUUUUUUCCAAUAUUUUAAUAGCAUAUGUCUUUACUUUUUCUAUCACGAACACUUUGUAGUAAUAUGAAGUAUGAGAUUCAGAUAACAAUAGAAUGUGCGUGUAGAAAUUGGAAUUUCUAGAUUUUUUUAAAGGUUUUUUUAGUUUGCCUUAUUUUUAUAAAUAAACUAGAUGAUCUAUAA